UGAAGGGAUCCCUCAUUUGAUGCUCCCUGACCAGCAAGUCCUUUAAAUACAUUCUGGCAGUGGUCACACUGACAAACUUCACCCAAAGGAGGGAAGAUGAUGUCCUUGGAUGGGCCGCAGAAGACAAUCAGUAACCCGAUCAUUCCAUAUGUUGGGACAAUACUUGGUGGCCUUGUUCCUGGAGAGCUGAUUGUGAUACAUGGGACUGUUCCUGAUGAUGCAGACAGAUUCCAGGUGGAUUUACAGUGUGGCAGCAGCAUCAAGCCUCGAGCCAAUGUGGCAUUUCAUUUCAACCCCCGCUUCAAAAGGUCUGGCUGCAUUGUUUGCAACACACUGGAGAGUGAAAAAUGGGGCUGGGAGGAGAUCACUUACGAGAUGCCCUUUCAGAAAGGGAAGUCAUUCGAGAUUGUCAUAAUGAUUUUAAAGGAUAAAUUCCAGGUGACUGUGAACAAGAAGCACUUGCUGCUCUACAAACACAGAAUUAGCCUUGAAAGAAUAGAUACUCUUGGAAUAUAUGGCAAAGUGCAGAUCAAAACUAUAGAUUUUGUUUCUAAUGGGAAGAUGCCAGAUGGUUCACAAUUUGGAGUUCCUUACAUUGGGAAACUUGAUGCUGCACUUCGUCCAGGAUGCACGGUGGCCAUUAAAGGAGAAGUGGUUCAAAACCCAAAGAGCUUCGCCAUAAAUCUGAAAUCAAGUGACUCAAAGGACAUUGCAUUACAUCUGAAUCCCCGAGUGAAAAAUAAAGUUUUUGUAAGAAACUCAUACCUUCAUGACAGCUGGGGAGAAGAAGAAAGGGAAGUUGCUGAUUUCCCAUUCAGACCAGGGAUGUACUUUGAGCUGAUCAUUUUCUGUGAUGCCCACCAGUUCAAAGUUGCUGUUAAUGGUGUUCACACUCUGGAGUACAAGCAUCGUUUUAAACAACUUGAAAAGAUCAAUGUAGUGGAAGUCAUGGGAGAUGUUCAGUUGUUAGAUGUGAGGAGCUGGUAGUUCUUUUCAAUCAGUACUCAGAGACUUUAAUUAAUAAAAUUCUCUCUCAUUAAUGACAGUGCCUCCUUGUCCAGUACAAACAGGUGCUGCCUUGUGCUGAGCCUGCCUUUAUCUACCCAGGCUUCUGUGUCUGCCUCUGAGU